AUGAACUCGGUGCGUCAAAUUCAAGCGCUCAACAAGCGUGAGCUCGAAAAUGCAGUCCCGCCCGAAGCUUCCUGGCACGCCGACUAUCGUGAUACGGCGUAUAUCUACAUCGGUGGCCUGCCCUUUGAUCUGUCCGAAGGUGACAUUGUAACGAUCUUCUCCCAGUAUGGCGAGCCGGUCCACGUAAAUCUAGUGCGCGACAAGGAUACGGGCAGAAGCAAAGGCUUUGCAUUUCUCAAGUACGAGGAUCAGCGCAGUACUGACCUUGCCGUGGACAACCUCGGAGGCGCAACCGUUAUGGGUCGUGUUCUUCGGGUCGAUCAUACGCGAUACAAGCGGCGAGAUGAUGAGGCUGAGGAAGACAAUGUCGCAACGAUCAUGGGUGAGGCUGCCGAACGAUCCAGACAGGGAGAUGGCGACACGGAUACCGAGCAUAGGCAACGGAGAAGUCGAGGUGGAAGGAGAGAUGACGAUGACAGUGAUAUAGAAGAGAAACCGCGCCCUCUUCUCAAGGAAGAGAAGGAAUUGGCGGAGCUGAUGCGAGAUCACGACGAGGAGGAUCCCAUGAAGGAAUAUCUAAUCCAGGAGAAGAAGGAGGAAGUCGCUCGGGCUCUACAAAGCCUGAAAUCUAGCGAAAAGAGGAAAUCCAGUCGACGACACGCUAGCCGCGAACAUGCUCAUGGACACCGCCAUCGUCACCGUCGCAGGGGAAGUGAUGAAGCGCCACGUUCCCGGGAGAGAUCUCACAGGGAUCGGGACGAGGUCGAUUACAAAAAGCGAACCUAUCGCGACCGAUCAGAGUCUCCGGAUCGAAGGCGAGAAAGACGACGGCGCGAACGAGACUAA